UGAAUACUCAGGUGUUGUUGAGACAGUAGUGCAGUACAACGUUAGUAAGCACUGCAAAACAUCCAGCGUUGCUGUACAGUACAGUGUCAUUAGACGGAUCUAAACCAUUUACAGAAAAUAAUAUUCUUAUGAGCACAUCGAUUUGUGUGCUGACUGGCCAUUUGAAAUGGAUGCAUCUCAUUUUUAUUCUUCAUAAGGAUGAUGUCUUCUCUUCCUUGCCCACAAUCAGAUGCAUAUAGGUACAUUGACCACUUCAGCUUCCAAUCCUACAACUUUCCGGAAGAGAACGACGAGACAAUGGAUAAAACAAAUACUGAUGAUCCCAUCUGCGACUUGGACUCUGCAGAUUCCCAACUCCUUCACACUAACUCUAGCUUGUCUGACAGCGAGUCCUCUUUAAUGUCCCAGCCUGACCUCCGGAAUACCUACAGAGGCAGAAACAUCAACUACAGACCCGCCCGGUCUGGCUACAGCCCUUAUCAGCCCCCUCUGGGUCUCCCCUCUGGCUACAGUCCCCAGACACCCUUUCCCAGUCAAACAGAGAUGUGUAUGAGCACCCUGGAGCCGCACAACGGGGACCUGCUCCGCUUAAGUUCACCGAGCAGCAGUUCGCUGGAAAGCCCCAGUGGCAGCCUUCCCUCCUGCUUGGUGUCUGGGAAUUAUUCCAGCUACCCUGGUGACUCAUGUUACUCUUGCUCUCCAGACGGGCACAGUCAGGGAGAAUCGGGUCUGGAACAGCCUCGUUCCCUGCGCUCUAUCCCGACUGCUUUCGCACCUCAAGGCUAUUACUUGCCACCGCACCCAUGCCCCUCCCGUGGGCCGCCUUGCUGUAGCCGGUACCCUCCGGAUGCACAUCACAUGGAUCAAUGUUCUCCUCACAGACCGCAUUAUUACGUACCAUGCUGGCCUUCGCCAGGCCCUGAAAACAGCAGGCAGUCUUGUUCAGAGUUCACUCAGAGUGGCCACACCUCUUCGCACCCUCGAGCUAAACAAACGCCAAGCACGGCCCUUCUGUCACUGGAGCAAAGGAAGGUGUUUGUUACAUACGAGGCAGACAGUGAAAAGCACGUCAAAGAGAUCAUUAACUUUGUCGCGCUGCUGAGACACAACGGCUUCUAUACUCACAUUGAUAUGUUUGAGCAACAGUUUAAAAGCAUAAGCAAGAUUGACUUUAUGGAGCGAUACAUAAAUGAGAAAGACUAUUUGAUCAUCAUAGCCAUUAGUCCCAAGUACCAUGAGAUUGUGACCAAUGCAUCAUUUUGCAUGGAAAAUGAUGAGACACUCAACACUGUCUACAUACAUAAACAGUUACAAAAUGAAUUCAUUCAGAAUGGGGCAAGGAAUUACCGAUUUAUACCCAUCGUGUUUCCUGGUGCCAAGAAGUGCCACGUCCCUUCAUGGCUUCUUAGUACACAAAUCUUCACCUGGCCGAGGGACCGAGACGACAUCCUUCGUAGGCUUAUGCGUGUUGAGAAAUAUAACCCUCCACCCAUAGGAGAGCUGCCCACCAUUGUCUCCAUCCCCAUUAGUUAAUCUGUGAGAUGUUUUGGUAUGUAGAUCCAUGAUCUGUGUAAUUAGUAAACCGCCCGUGAUCUGUUUUAAUCCAAAGCAUGCACUUCAAAGAUGAUUUGCCCCUUAAUGUGACCCCUUAAAGCUGUUGUAUUUGGUAUGGUCUUUGUAUAAUACUUAACGCAUGUGUCAUUAAACUGUCACAUUUGAUGUAUGAAUCAGGAGUCUCGUCAUGUAGAAGCAACAUAAAUAUGUUGUGAUUCACCGGUCAAUUGGUCGAUUAAACAUUAAGAAUUUUUGAAAUAAGCUAAGUGGGGUUUUAUUUGUUUUGUUAUGUUUCAUUAUAUGUAGAAGCUUACAUUGUAGCUGUGCAAUAAACUAAAAAUCUUUAAAGGAAAAUACCACCCUUUUUUAGUAUUUUACUAAGUUCGUACCCAGAGCCGAUCCACCCUAUACGCAGGCUGCGUAGGGCCCCACACCACUAGGGGACCCCUUGUUCUUAACUUCAUGCAGCACUGCACAGACCAGCUGGCGAGUGACAUUGUGCCACGGGAGCCAUUCGAAAUUAUACGAUACUUUAAUUCCAGUUGUCAGUCCAUCUAUGCAGCUCCUCAUGCGGUUGAUGCGCCUAUCAACAUGCGUCUUCAUUCGCAUAUUUAAGCUAUCCGCCCGGAGCAGGAAGACAAGUGCCAUGAAGGUGAAGUACACACAAUUCCUAUUUAGUCUUGACUAACCAUGCAAUGGAUUUAUAACAAACACUGCAGUCCAAAUCCCUAGAUUCCGUUUUAGUCCAGUGUGUUUUGUUAGAAAUGCUUGUACCCAUUAAUAAUCAAAAUCUUUCAUACGUUUUAAAUAAAUAAACACAUUUAUUCAUGCAA